UUAACUGAUGGCACAUCCAUUUAAAUACAAUUGGACAGAUAAUGUGCCGCGAUAAGGUGCGCAUGCAACGACUAAAAGCGUCGGCAAUGGCCGUUGGCCAUCGUGAACAGUUAACUGAGCACACUUGGCUGGCUCAUUUGCGCUUCAGCAUGUUGUCGAGCGAGUCGGUGCAAUCGAUUCAUAACAUAACGCUAAUAUACGCUGUGGUGUGGACGAUUAACAGCCACUAUGCCAGCGACUCGAGCAAACCGCUCUCAAUCAUGAGUUUCGCCAGGCGGGAAGCGAGCCGUGAUCUGCACAAUGAUCUCACUGAUGCUGUGCUGCGCCUGGCCUCAGCUGCUGGGCGCAUUAAGUUUCUGCUGCAGAACGAGGGCAUUGUCACGGACGAGUCGUUGGCCGAAGACGCACCGCAGGCGCCCCCAAGUGGAGUGCUGGGCAGGGACACGGGGCUGUUUCUGCUCGAUAGCUGGGCCACCUAUUUACGACUGGAACGGCAUCUGAUGCAGCCGGGCAGCUUCUACAAGCGCAAUGGCUACUAUUGCAUUGUGUAUACGGGCGAGGAGACCGGACGCCUAAGCGUCAUUUACAAAAUGUUUCGACGCCUCCUGGCCAUCUACGUGAUCAACGUGAAUGUGCUGCUGGCCAAUCGGCAGAAUGGCACCAUCCAGGUGUACAACUACUAUCCAUAUCGACCGCAUCGCUGUCAGUCAGCGGAGCCCGUGCACUAUGCCACCUUCCAAGGCAGCCUGGGUGCUCCUCCGAUCAUUCAUUUGCCGAACAGCGUUCGUUUCUUUGACAGCAAAGUGGAUGACAUGCAUGGCUGCAAGCUGGUCACCGUCACCUUUCAGCACCGUCCAUUUGUCAUCAUCGACGAUAACAGCGGUCUGACUGAUGUACAGCGUCUGUUGGGCAUCGAGGGCAGGAUUUACCAAUUGUUGGCCGAGCGCAUGAACUUUGCUGUUACAUUGGUGAAAGAACCCAAUGGGGAUAGAGGCGUUGUCACUCCUAAUGGCACCUUAACAGGCGCUAUGAAGAUGAUCGUUGAUGGCUUGGCGAACAUUACCUUCGUCUCGUACAUGUACAACAAAGAGCGCGCCACGUAUAUGCUGCCGAGCAUCUCGUACACCAGCUUUCCCAUUGUGCUCUGUGUGCCUGGAGGCCGUCCGCUGACGCCGCUGGAGAGGCUGACCAAGCCGCUUGGGUACAUCACAUGGAUAUGCCUGUUGACCAGCAUACUGACCGGCCUGACGCUGAUUACAAUGCUUCAGUGGUUGAGCGUGCCGCGAUUGCGUCGCUUUGUGCUCGGCGAGGACAAUCGACGGCCUGGCACGGAGCUGUGGAGCACACUGUUUGGUGGCAUUCACAUGAAUCCGCCACGUCGCAACUUCGCCCGUUUCCUGCUAGCCAUGUGGCUGCUCGAGACGCUGGUGUUGCGUGCCGCUUACACGGGCGAGAUGUACAUAUUGCUACAGGAUGCACGGGUGCGUGCACCGCUGCGCACGCUGGCUGAGGUGCUGGACAAGAAGUUCGAGUUCCAUAUGCUGCCAGCACUGAAGCCCGUGUUCCGAGAGCUGGUCAGUGAGGAGCGAGUUGUUCUCAUACCCCGGCUGGAUGAAUCGCUCACGCAGCUACGCGACCAUACCGAGGCGCGAUUUGUGGUGCCAUUGCUGCGACCAACCGCAGCCCGAUUCGAUAUGGACUCCGGUCCGGAGAAGCCGCGUCUCACCCUCCUUCGUUAUCCCCUGCUAACUGCCCCGAUGACGCUGUACAUGCGUCCGCAUUCGUACCUGAAGCAACGCAUCAAUAAGCUGCUGAUCAACAUGAUGUCCUCGGGCCUGGUGGACCGCUUUCGUCGCAUGUAUCUGGACAGGAUCGAGCAGAUGGCUAAUCUGCGCAACCGUGAGCCCACCAAACUCAGCCUCUGGCAGCUGAGCGGCCUCUUUGGCAGCUUAGGGUUGAUGCAUCUGCUGGCCGGUAUCGUCUUUCUGCUCGAACUGCGCGCCGCCCAGCCUCAGCGACCGCGUUUGCGUCGACUCAUGAAUGCGGCCAAUCGUUAUAUGGUCUAAAGCUAC